AAAGACAUAUUAUUGAUCCAGACCAGAUACAGAGGCACCUUCAACAACACCAUUUUACUUUCUCAAUAAAACUACGCUAAACUCCGUCAAAUUUGACAUUUAGCACCUCAAUAGCUUAAUUAUGUCGUAUUAAUUAGUUUGGUACUAAUUGUCCAAUUAUAUGGUGUGGGGUAGCUGAUGGGUUAAUUAAUUUUCCAGCUUAAAUUCCAAUCGGAGAAAAUGUAGGUAGUGAUAAAUUAUCACUGAUAAUUAAGUGUCUUUACUACCAUUAUCGACGUUAAGUACAAGGAAAAAAGACGGUAUUAAUUAUGGCAUCCUCGUCCGUGUCACAAGAUGACCAUGAUGUCGAGCAUGACUUUGCGAUUGCGUCGAGACGAGCAAAAGUGCGGUCUGCGAGGGCCAAUCGUGCCGUGAAUACGAUGUCUUGCAGAGCGUUGGGGGAAGAGUUAGAACGUGGGGGUGAAGUUCACGAGGCUGCUGGUGACCAUUACCAUCAGCAUCAUCACCAACAUCAACACAUUCCUACAAAGUAUGACCAGCAGACGUCCGUCGUCUUGGUGGAAUCGAACGAUGCUAGUCCCAAACCAAUUAUUAGAGGACUUAACAAAGAUAAGCGACCCAUUCCAAGAGGAGCGCAUGCUGGCAAAAGCAACAAAGGGAUUCGGGACAGGAGGAAACUUCGAGAGAAGCGACGAAGUACAGCAAUUGGUGUGAUGCACCUCCCCUCCACGGAAUCAACGGGUGGAUCUACGGGAGAAGAUGAAAAUGAAGAAAAUUCUGUUCCUGUUGCUGCUGCAGCAGCAGCAAUUGCUGCGAAAGUAGUUCCAACUUCACUUUCUCCAGAACCAGAAGAGAAAGUUCAAGUUAUUCACAACAAAGGGAAGAGUGAAUCAGAUCUGGACGCCGACGAUGAAGCUGCUCAAGAUAGCUCAGACCUUGGUCUGGUAAAAAUUCAUCACGUCCACGGAAAAGAAGAUGCAACUUUACUGAAGUUGGAGAAUCAGCGCCUCAAAGAUAUGGUUGAAACGAAAGACCGAAGAAUUGCAAUGUUAGAGAUUCAAGUGGGACAGUUAACCAAACAAAUAGACGAAAUUAAGGAAAAAUUGUUAAAUACGGUGAAAAUUGAACAGAUUUGAAACUUCACAAACUAAAGAUCAUCAUUGUCAUUUGUAUUUCUAGAGAUAAGAAAAGAUAAUCAGAAUACACCCGUGAAAAAUUAUAUUAUUUUUAUCCCGUGUGAAAUUUACCACAAGUAAGGAUUUCAGAAAUGCUAUUAGUAUUAUCGUUACUUGAGAAUUUAACGUUACUAUUUAUUUAUCUAGCCUACAAUUUUUAGUAAUAUCGUGAAACGACCAAACACGCACACGACACUGAGCAGCUUUUGCAAUCUCAAAUUUUUUAAUAAUUUACUUUAAACUCAGCCCAAAAAAGAUUCAGAAUCUGUAAAAGUUACAAUAUUAUUUACCUCCGAUUUACAUGUUAUUUAUUCUCUGUAUAUGUAUAUUAUUUAUUACAUGUUAUAUACGUGCUCAUCAUGUAGCUACACUUUAUUUUAUAUACAACAAACAAAUGUUUUUCUGUUUCGUGCAUAAAAAUUGUGUAAAAAUUGAAUGGAAUUUACAACAACGCAACGCAACGUCACUCACCAGGAACCCAAUUCAUAUUUAGAAUAAGAAGAAUCAAUAACACGGAAAUUUUUGUUUUUAAAGUAUAAACUUGAAAAAAAUUAAAUAUAUUCAAAAUUUAUUAUGAUAUGA